AUGAGCCAGCCAGCAGGUCCUCCGCCUUACGACGCGACAUAUUCACAAGGAGUUAAAACAGAUCCAGUGGAAAGCCAACCUCAGCCACAGGAUUUGUAUGUAAUAACAUCACGGAUGCACUUGGUUGAGGAUGAUGAACUCAUAUUCACGGAAAAACCAGCUAUUGUCAAAUGUCCAACUUGCAAGGCAAUAAUCAAAACUCGGCAUGUGGUGAAGCCUGCGAUGAGAACUCAUAUGUGUGCUUUAAUUUUAUGUUGUUGUGGAUUGUGGCCGUGUUUCGCGAUUCCUUAUUGCAUGCCGUCCUGCAAUAACGUAGAACAUUUCUGUCCUACCUGCAAAUCACAUUUGGUCCAAUCUUUAAAGAGACUUCAAUAUGAACUGAUCGUCACAAAAGUAGAGAGAAAGGCAACGACAAAGACCCACGUCAUAGCUCUUCUUCUCUGUCUGUUUCUGUGCUGGCCGUGCGUAUGCGUACCUUACUGCGUGAAUUCAUGUCAGAAUGCAGACCAUUACUGCCCCAACUGCAACUCGUACUUAGGCACUUAUCAGAGAUAA